AACUUCCCUCACUCAAACUUCUGCAUUUGAGUCAUGUUAAAUUUUUGAAGCCUCAACAUUUCAUGGAGCUUCUUAAUGGAUGUUUCAAUCUUGAAAACAAAGCAGUUAUCGUUUGAAUUUUAUUAUGAUGACGAUGAAAGGAAGUUUAAACCUUUAUUAAAGCUUGUCAGAGCUGAUAUUGGUGUCACGAUGGGGAUGAUCAAACUUUCUUAUUUCAACGAGUUUCUGUGCAAGUUCGCAGACAUUCCUAUAUUUCCCAAUUUAAUUCAUAUGAAGCUCACCUUGGGAGGCCGGAUUAAAAUGGAAUCGUUGCUUUAUUUCCUCAAUCAUUGCCCUCGACUUCAAAACCUUGUCAUGGAAAACCUAUUUUGUAUUGAUUCUAGGAAUUGGCCAAAUACACUUGUUGCUUCUGAGUGCUUUUCUUCACAGCUCCGAACCUGCUUUCUUCCACGUUUCACAGGCACCGAUUCUGAGCUAAGAUUUUCCAAGUUUGUUAUGCAAAAUUCAACAUUGUUAGGUAGCAUGAAAAUUAUCGGCCCUUACCUAUCUCAUGAGAAAAAGGCUAAGAUGAGAAUAGAAUUAGACUCAUGCCCGAGGAGCUCUGCAAACUGUGAACUUUUAUUUAUGUAA